AUGAUGUACUCUACCUCCAACCGCAAAGGCGGAGUCCUCCUCUUCCUAUUUUCCCUCCUGAGCUCCUUGCUCCUCUUUUCCUCACAGUCAGGUACUGCCCUUGGAGCCCCUGUCAGCGACCUCAGCAGCCUUGAGCUCUAUCCUCGCAACAAGCACAUCCCAGACAAGAAUGAAGUCGUGGAAUUGAUCAGGGAUGGCAAAGACUUCCACAAGUACGCCAAGGAGGGGCAUCCACACAAGGACAAGGCUGCUUUCUUCUCGGGCCAAGGCAGGCAGACGAUUGCCAAAAUCAGAGACUGGGCGACGGCGAAAAAGCAGGGACUCACCACAGUCCGCGACAUCUGGAAGAGCGACAACUUCUACCAGCAGGGCCAGUACAAGGACAUUGACGCCGAGACCUUUAGAGACUUCCAGAAGGCGUUUUCCAAGUACUAUGCGCAGCAGGCAAAGGGAAAGGCCUACCUCAUCUUCCCGCAUGAUCAGACGCCCAAAAGGGACGGCAUUUUCUGGAGCGUCGAGCUCGAUGAAAUUAUCAGCCAUGGCAAGGUGGACGUGAUCAUCUGGCUUGAUCAGAACAAGAUAGGCGAAAAGGAGUAUCAUCAGGAUAACGAAGAGAGAAUCUAUUGGAAGAAGGGUGAGAGGAAGCCUGACGGCGCGUAA